AUGUACAAGACAAGUGCCCUCCUUGAUGUAAUGUCUGGCCCUAACUUUCCUAUUGGUUUCUUGCAUUACCUGAAACCCAGGGCUGUGCUGAGGUUUAUAAAAGAAAUUAUAGAUGAUAAUGAGCAGAGGCAAGAACCACCUGUGAAACUGAUGCCUUUUCUGUCUGCAUCUUUCCAGGUGUUUCGGCAUGGAGACCGAAGCCCAAUUGAAACCUUUCCUGAUGAUCCCAUUCAGGAAUCCUCAUGGCCACAGGGGUUUGGCCAACUCACUCAGCUGGGCAUGGAACAACAAUAUGAACUUGGAACUUACCUAAGGAAGAGAUAUGCAGAUUUCUUAAAUGAUUCCUAUAAACAUGAGCAGGUUUAUGUUCGAAGCACAGACAUUGACCGGACUUUGAUGAGCGCAAUGACAAACCUUGCAGCCCUCUUCCCCCCAGAGGGAACCAGCAUCUGGAAUCCCAACCUGGCCUGGCAACCCAUCCCAGUGCACACGGUCCCUCGAUCUGAAGAUCAGUUGUUAUACAUGCCUUUCCGGAACUGCCCUCGAUUUGAAGAACUUGAGAAUGAAACUUUGAUCUCAGAAGAAUUUCAGAAAAGAGUGGAUCCUUAUAAGGAUUUCAUGGAAACCUUGCCCAAACUUUCAGGAUACCAGGGCCAGGAUCUUUUUGGAAUUUGGAGUAGAAUCUACGACCCCUUAUUUUGUGAGGGUGUUCACAAUUUCACAUUACCCUCUUGGGCCACUGAAGACACCGUGACCAAGUUGAAGGAAUUAUCAGAGUUGUCCCUCCUGUCUCUCUAUGGAGUUUACAAGCAGAAGGAAAAAUCUAGACUUCAGGGCGGUGUCCUGGUCAAAGAAAUCAUGAAUAAUUUGAUGAGUGCAACUCAGGCAAUGAACCGCCGGAAACUUGUCAUGUAUUCAGCUCACGACACUACUGUUAGUGGUCUACAGAUGGCGCUAGAUGUCUACAACGGAAUCCUUCCUCCCUAUGCUUCCUGUCACUUAGUGGAACUAUACAUGGACCAGGGGGAGUAUUACGUGGAAAUGUUCUACCGCAACGAGACCCAGCAUGAGCCGUACCCCCUCACCCUACCUGGCUGCACUCACAGCUGUCCUCUGAGCAAGUUUGCAGACCUGCUGGCACCUGUGAUCCCUGGAGAAUGGGCCUCUGAGUGUCUGACCACCAGCAGCCACCAAGCUCUCAGGAUUGUUCUUGCUGUUGCCUUUUGCCUGGUGUCUGGUGUCCUGAUGGUGCUAUUGUUUACCCUCAUCCGCUACGGGCCCUGCUGGCAAAGAGACCCCUACAGAAACAUCUGA